CAAUCACAAAACAAGCUAAGCCAAGGGGAGAGAGAGGGAGAGAGAGAGAGAGAUGAAUUCCAUGAAAGGAGAGGUGGUUCUGAACAUCCCUGCGGAGAAGGCAUGGGAAAUGUACAGAGACAACGAUAUCAUCAGCAAAAUAAACCCUCAGAUGCUUGCCGGAGCCGAAUACAUACAAGGAGAUGGUAGCCCCGGAAGUUUGAGGGUUUUCAAGCUCGGCCCUGCUGUCAGCAACUACGUGAAAGAAUCAACUCAGAAGAUAGAAAAGGUGGAGAUGGGGCAGUCGGUGACAUACCGUGUCAUCGGAGGUGAGCUGCGAGGGCUGUACGAUCCAUACAAGGUUACCUUCUCGUUUGUUCCUGUUGAAGGAAAAGAAAAUGAAAUGUGCAUCGCUGAGUGGAAGGCGGAGUUUGAGCCGCUGACUCCGGCGACGCCUCCACCGGAAAAGGCAAAGGAUGCUGCUCUGGGAUUCCUCAAGUGGUUUGACAAGUUUGAGCUACGCUACUAGGCUACUAGCUAUACAUAUAUAUAUAUAUAUAUGUUUCUAUAUGUGAUGACAUGGUGAAUAAGAUCUAUAUAAUUGUGAUGUGUGUGUUUAUAUUCUAAUGUCUGAUCAUAUUUAUGUAUGUUCAACCCAUGUUAAUACAAUCUAUAUGGGGUGUUGGGAAUGUAAUUAAACUUUGCCUUCUGCUUUCAAUAUAUAUCAUACAAAUGAGUUUUUCCUUU